AUGCGCCGGUCUCACCACGAAACACCGCCCGAACCCUCUGAUACGGUAGACUUUCUUUUUGAACAUUUUGGAUAACAUUGAAAAAAAAAGGGCGUAGUUUGAACGGAUAUUGUAGGGUUAGAAAGGAUCCUAGGGUUCCGAAACUUUUUGUGCAAAUUUCUGAUCCCUAGUACUAUGCUUUUGUAGUUAAUGACUUUUUUGUACGCCCACGCAUAAGGAUACUGUAGCUUUUUGAAGUUGAGGUACAAUUGGCUGGCGUUUUGAGAGACCUGACUUUCAAGAGUUACAGUAACCUUAAAAGCGGUUUUACCAAAAAGUUGUCUACUACAAAAUUAUAGUACUAGACAUGAACUUCAUCUUUGUAAUUGACUAUUUUUUGAUGCCAUCACUUUGAAGACUACUGUAGCUCUUGGAACUAUUCGCUCCAACAGAAUGGCUAUCUCUUCGGGCGCAGUCAUUCUUUUCGGUUGUUUAAUGACUUUCAAUGGGUCUCGACUGGAAAUGUUUGUAUUUUCCCAAUUUUCAGAUUCGAUAUAUCCGACGAAAAGAAGAAGAGCGUCCAGCUCCGCCGCCGUACAUCGGCCAGGCGAUUCCACGUGUCAAACCGAUCCGCACCUUCCAGAAAGGAUCCAAUAAUAACAGUGUGGGAGAGGUUGGUGUUUUUAUCGAUAAAUUUAUCGAUAAAAGUGCAACAGUAUUAUCGUUUUCAGAACAGUCGACCAACUUCUCGCCGCUUCGAUACGUUCGGCGAGAAUGCCCUCGAAACGGUAAGCAAUGACGCAUAGAUUUGCGGUCGAAGAAGACACGUUAUGCAAAUAGACAAUAGUACAAACAUUUAUAAAUAUACAAUAUAAUCCAGAUUUACGACCAGUUCAAGUUCCUGGAUGAAUCGGAAGAGCAGCCGUCGGAAACGCCGACGUCCGUCAACAGUUCGCGGCCGAUCAUGGAGGGACCGAACAAGUUGGUGGGAUGGUCCCUACCGGUUCACGUCCUUAAUUGCAGGAAAAGAAAUGGGGAACGACGGCCGGCGAUGAUCCUUUACUGUGUUCUGCCGACUUUGGAGCUCCUCGCCGCCAUCGCCAUCAUUGCCACGUCAUUUUUGACGAAUCGAAAGAAUUGGGAGGUAGGAAACAUUUUUGAUCGGAAUCUUGACGUCUUUUACUACAUUUUUGUAGUUGACGACUUUGUUGUACAAUCACUCCCCGGGUUACUGUAGCUCUUGGAAAUUGGGGGUCCGGAAAUUGCAGUCUAACUUCUAAGAGCUACAUUAUAAGUGGUUCUUCGAUAUAAACAAGUCUAUCGAUAAAAUUUAUGGAUAAAUCUUUCAGACGAAGGACGUGGACGCCUCCUCCGACUCCUCCGAGGCCAUCCGAUCGCUUUCGGUGCAGAAUGCGUUGUCGACGGUCGUGCCGGCGUUCUUCCAGUCCGUCUCGGCCCUCUUCGGCUUCUGGCCCAUCUGGCCCCGGUCCCUCCGUCGUCCGGCCCAACUCCUCCACAUUCUCUUCAAUUCCAUCGUCGUCCUUCUCUGGCUCAACACAAUUUUCGAUUUCUUCUUCAAAAUCUCGAUGGAACACAUUCUGGGCGGUUCGUCGGAUGAGAAGUACGUGAUCGACCUGCUCGUCGCCUCUUUUCUGUACUUUGCGACGGUGGUCCUGCCCGGGAUCACCCUCAGUGUCGCCGUUUUCAAUCUUGCCACGUCAUCAGGACCGACGAUCCACAAAUCCUUGACCGCCAUCUCCGUAUCUCUGGGCACCGUCAUUUUCUCGUUGGGCACACUCGUCAUUGCGAUUUUUACCGCUCAGGCCAAUUUGAAUGGACCCAAAAACUUGUGAGUCGGGGGUUUUGGAUACAUUUAUCGAUAAACUAUCGAUAGACACAUUUUCAGGUCGGAAAGUUCGACAACGUACGCGUACGGACUGAAAGAGGCCAUCGUUUUCGUGUUCGUCGUGCUCGUUUCCAUUUUCUCGCUCAUCGCCUCCACGCAAAGCAGUCGGCCGCUCAUGAUUGCGUCUAUUAUCGGACAGAGGUACGGGCGACACUUUUUUGCGACUGCACAAUAGUCAAAACCUUUUUUUUAGCAUUUGUAUAUUAUCGAUUACCAGUGAACUGUUCACUUCCGAUCGGAUCUCAGCUGUUUUUAACGAAUUGAAGAAUUUCGAGACUGGCGGCACUACUAUUGAAAUUGGGUACGCUUUUUUGAAUAUACAAUAGUGGAAUAGCUUUUUGGAAACCUACAAUAUCAGUUUUAAUAUAUUGUAGAGCUAGGAGGUGAGAUAUGGGGCUGAAAAUUUGUUUCUGAACACUUCACUCAAUCUACUUUCUAGAAGAAUAGGGGUCGCAACGAAACAAAGUGAGACUAAUGUAAAAAUAAAGUAUACAGAUACCAUCCAACUCUAAAAAGUGGCCGAUUGCAGGAUAGUGCUGCUGAACGGGUGCGCGGUGGUCUCUCUGCUGGUGCUCGUCCUCCAACUCAUCACUUUCACCUUCUCGACGGCUUCCGACGGCGGCUCCGAGUGCUCCACAGGCUCUGCCCACUCCCUCCUGCUCCUCGACAACAAUCGCAAUCCGAGCGGCGGGGCCAGGGUCGAGAGGACUGCCUUCUGA